AUGGCUUUCCUUCAUUCACAUUCGUGCGAGUGUGCCAAGUCUGAGCUAGAUUUGUUCGCCGUACCAUCAACUCAAACAACUAUCGAAUCUGGACGUUGGAUACCUUUUAAAAAUGUAUCAUCGUUGACAGAUGAUGGCCCUUUGGAAUUUUCGAUUACCGGUCGCAGUGAUGAAUUUAUGGAUUUGGCUCAUACAAUGCUUCAUGUAGUCGUAAAGGUUACAAAAGACGACGGAACCGAUUUGGCAGCUACAGACGAAUUAGCACCUGUUAAUAAUUUGCUGCAUUCGAUGUUUAGUCAAGUCGAUGUCUAUUUGAACGAAAAAUUAAUUUCACCACCAAACAAUACUUACGCCUACAAAUGCUAUAUUGAAUCUUUACUCAAUUACGGGCCGGAUGCAAAAGAUUCGCAUCUAAGUAGUGCCCUCUGGUAUGGGGACACAUCUUCAAAAAUGGAUAUUUUGGGUGCUACAAAUAACGGAUACAAAAUAAGAAAAGAAUUUGCAGCCGGUAGUAAACAUAUUGAUCUUAUCGGACACUUACGCGGAGAUAUUUUUAAUCAGGAAAAAUUUUUGCUCAAUGGCGUAGACUUAAGAGUGAAAAUGGUACGAUCGCGUGAUAAUUUUGUUUUAAUGUCAAAUAGCAGUGGAAAAUUAAAAAUUAUUGACGCAACUUUAAUGAUAAGGAAGGUGAAAAUAAAUCCAUCGGUAAUGUUAUCGUUAACGAAUGUUUUGGAAAAAACAACAGCAAAGUAUCCAAUUACCAGAACGGAAAUAAAAGUUUUAACAUUACCAGCCGGCAUUCAGUCAAAAUCAUUAGAUAAUAUGUAUUUAGGACAAUUACCAAAACGAGUCAUAAUAGGAUUUGUCACCAAUAAGGCUUUUAAUGGACAUUACAAGUUUAAUCCCUUCAACUUUCAACAUUUCAACAUGAACUUUUUGGCUCUCUACGUCGACGGUAAUCAACUACCAUCUAAACCACUCCAGCCGGAUUUUGGGGCCGACAACAAACUUUUUGUUAAUAUGUAUCACACUUUGUUUUCUGGCACUGAUAGUCGGCAGCGUUAUGAUGGUGGUUAUACGCUGAUAGCUUUCGACUUAACACCUGAUUUAUCGGCAAGUUCUACCUCUCAUUGGAAUCUCGUCAAGAGCGGGAAUCUACGCAUAGAAGUUGGUUUUAAAGAAGCUUUGAACGAGACAAUUAUAGCAGUUAAUAAACAUAUAUGUAAUAAAAUUUAUUUAUUUAUUUUACCCAACCAAUUGCUAGUCCGAGCCGUCCUCCCGCGCCGCCGCCCGUCCCGCCGCGCCGCCGUCCGUCCCGCCCCGCUGCCGUCCGUCCCGUCGUGCCGCCGCCCGUCCCGCCGCGCCGCCGCCCGUCCCGCCGCGCCCGAGGAGGGCCACUACCCGCAGCCGAGUCCCUACCUAGUGCACUAA